ACAUGGCAACCUCUGAGCAGCUCCAUAUGCCAUUUAUCUGCUGGAUCUGGCUGCCAUAGGUGGCAGUGUGAGUGUGUGAGUGUGAGAGAGAGAGAGAGAGAGAGGGAAGUGACUCGGGCUGAUGGUAAAGUGAAAGCAGAAGGACUCGAUGAACCUCUGCGGGGUUCAGUGAGACCGGGAGCGGAGUGAGGAACCAGUGAUCCUGUGAGGAACCAGUGAGGAGCUGGGAUUAACCUUCAGCCUCCUCCUCCUCCUCCUCCUCGAUAUCUGCUUCUGCUUCUUCUUCUUCUUUUCUGCCAUGCAUCAUCAUCAUCACCACCAUCAUCACCAUCAUCAUCAUCACCAUCGGAGGAGGCUGUAGACCCCUCGGCCUGCUCUCCGCUCUCCGCUCUCCGCCAUCUGAAUGGGACUUUCUUCCUUUUUCUUUUUUUCCUCUCGGCUUGUUUCAUGGAGCCCCGGAGACACGGACAGCGCGCGCGGCUUUUACCGGACAGCACGAGCGUGACAUGGACAGGAUUUAGACUCUAAUCCGCUUCUCUCUUCUUUCAGAGGAAAGAGCGGCGAAUUCGGGGCCUGGGGAGGAGCCUCGCUUUCUUUCUUUCUUUCUUUCUUUCUUUCUUUCUUUCUUUCUUUCUUUCGAGAUGUAAAUAUUCCCCAAAGCAUCUCGUGCUGGACAUCACCGACCCGGAGGCGAUCACCGGAUCCCACAGGGCUUGUGUUCCGUGUGUGUUUUUGUGGUCAUCUCUCUCUCUCUCUCUCUCUCUCUCUUUUCCCCUUUUUGAUGGAGCUAGAGAACAUCGUUGCUAACACGGUGCUCCUUAAAGCCAGAGAGGGUGGAGGAGGAAAGCGGAAAGGGAGGAGUAAGAAAUGGAGGGAGAUCCUUCGCUUCCCCCACAUCAGCCAGUGCAUGGAGCUGAGCAAAAUCAUCGAGAGGGAUUACCCCAGCCUGUGUGAGAAGCAGCCCAUUGGGAGACUGUUGUUUCGCCUCUACUGUGAGACCAGACCAGAGCUGCUGAGAUGCAUUCAUCUGCUGGAUGCCAUGGAGGACUACGAGGUGACUCCAGAUGAGAAGAGGAAGAGUCGAGGAGACCAGAUCAUCAAGAAGUUUCUCACUAAGCAGUCCCCCGAGUGUGUAGAUGUGGUGGAGGGUCUUGCUGAACGUUGCAGAGAGAACCUUGAGCUGAGCCCCUGCAAAGAGAUCUUCAGCGACUGCCGCAGGGCUCUGCAUGAGUACCUGAGUGGAGCUCCGUUCUCUGAUUACCAGAAUAGCAUGUACUUCGACCGCUUCAUCCAGUGGAAAAUGCUGGAAAGGCAGUCGGUUACUAAAGACACGUUUCGGCAGUACAGGGUGUUGGGGAAGGGCGGCUUUGGAGAGGUGUGUGCGUGUCAGGUGAGGGCCACAGGGAAGAUGUACGCCUGUAAGAAGUUGGAGAAGAAGAGGAUAAAGAAGAGGAAGGGCGAGUCCAUGGCACUGAACGAGAAACAGAUCCUGGAGAAAGUGAACAGCAGAUUUGUGGUGAGUUUAGCGUACGCGUAUGAAACCAAAGACGCUCUGUGUCUGGUGCUGACCAUCAUGAACGGAGGAGAUCUGAAGUUCCACAUCUACAACAUGGGAACUCCGGGCUUCGAGAAGGAGCGCGUGCAGUUCUACGCUGCUGAGAUCUGCUGCGGUCUCGAGCACCUGCACCGAGAGUCCAUUGUCUACAGGGAUCUAAAACCAGAGAACAUCCUGUUAGAUGAUAACGGCCACAUCCGGAUCUCAGACCUGGGGUUGGCCAUCAAAGUGCCUGAUGGUGAGGCAAUAAGGGGCCGAGUCGGUACUGUGGGCUACAUGGCUCCGGAGGUGAUCAAUAAUGAGCGCUACAGCAUGAGUCCUGAUUGGUGGGGUCUGGGUUGUCUGAUCUACGAGAUGACAGCGGGCCGCUCGCCCUUCCGUGCCCGCAAAGAACGCGUGAAGAGGGAGGAGGUGGAGAAACGAGUGCAGGAGGAGGAGGAGGAGUACAGCGACAAGUUUACAGAAGACACCAAAGCCAUCUGCAGGAUGCUUUUAGCCAAAGACCCUAAGCAGAGGCUAGGCUGUAAGACAGAGGGCGCAGUGGAGGUCAAAGCUCAUCCCUUCUUCAAGAACAUCAACUUUAAGAGACUGGAGGCUGGAAUUCUGGAACCUUCCUUUGUGCCUGAUCCGAGAGCGGUGUACUGUAAGGACGUGUUGGACAUUGAGCAGUUUUCCACUGUUAAAGGAGUCAAUCUGGACCAAACAGAUAACGAUUUCUACUCCAAGUUCGCCACUGGCAGCGUCUCGAUACCAUGGCAGAAUGAGAUGAUUGAGACGGAGUGUUUUAGUGACCUUAAUGUGUUCGGGCCCCAGGGGACGCGAUCCCCGGACCUGGACUGGGCUCAGCCACCCGAGGCUCCGCGCCGCAGCCUGCUGGACCGCCUCUUCAGGAGGAACCUGAGGAUCUCCUCGUCCUCCUCACACACAGAGGAGCCAGCCCGAGAACACAACAGCUAACUUCAGACCAGCAUCCAGAGGCAACCGUCGCUCGCAGCCGAGUCUCGUCUUCCAGCGUCAACUCUGCGUUGACUCCGUGUCAAACUCCGCCCCCUAGUGGACCGACGUCUGCGGGACUACAGGGAACCAGAACGAGUGAUGAAUAUAAAGAGAAAGAGAAAGACUUACGGAAAAGAGGACGGGGUUUUUUUGCCCUUGAAUUUGCCAAUGCUUUCCCGCUGGAGGGCAGGAGACGAAGCGACUCAGCUUUGGAGACGAUAAAGACGUUUCUUUCUAUUUUUUUGUCUUUUUUUUAACAAAAAAGGAGAACUUUUAGCCCUCACCUCAUGCUCCCUCAGGAUUGCUGGACCAGAAUUUAAAAAUUAAAUAAAAAAACAAAAAGAGCCACUGACAAUGAUGGAAUAUUAAACUCUUUAUUAUUCAGGGGAUUUUACCGAGGCCUCCACAGGGAAGGGGACGUGGAGAUGACGAGGGCUUUUACCCUUCGCUUGAGGAGGGAACAGCUAACGGAGCGGACUGAAGAGACUCUACACACACUCGACACACACAGGCCUUCAAUCAUUCACACUCUCUCGCUCUUUCCUUCUCCUCCGUCCCUCUAUCAAUCCACACUCGACGACACGACGCGACACACGAACCUCCACAUUGCCUUGCGUUUUUACACUCAGGCCAAAGAUACGACACGUACUUAAAAAUUCGGUUGCUGACAUUUUUGUUUAAGGUUAGGCCUAAAAUAGCACAACUCGGACACGCUAGUCACUAUUUUUUUACUCUUUCACGUUUGUCUAUCCAUAAAAGGGACGCUUUAUCAAAAAAAAAAGAGAGAGAGAAUUUUUCUCAGAAAUCCUGUCUUAUCUUAGCUUGCUAGCUUACAUGGCAAGUUUAAAAUUACAAACAUUUUUGACUAUGCCUUAAAAAUCCUCUCUGAAAUCCUGUCAGUUUAGCUCAUGUUAACUAGCAAAAUUACAUUCAUACCCCAUCAAAAAUCCUGUCAGGUUUGGUCAUGUUAGCGGGCUAGCCUGUAUUAACAAUACAGAUGAAGAAGCUAUCUGGUUAGCAUUAGUAGUUUAGAUGGUAAAAAUACUGCUAUGUUAAUAUAUGUUAGCUAGAUCGCAUUAGGUUAGUAAUGUUUCACAAAUACAACUCAAAAUUCCUCUCAGAAAUCCUGGUUAGUGCGUGCUACCUAGCUGGCUAGCGUUGUUGUAGAAGAUUCUCCACUUUUAUACAUAUAACUUUACAAGUCCUGCCAAAAAUCCUGUCAGGUUAGCUCAUUUUAGCUAGCUAGUUAGUGCUGACAGUUAAGAUGAACUUUUAUUAGUCUCUCAGAAAUCCUGUCACGUUAGCUUGUGUUAGCCAGCUAGGAUUUGUAGUGAAGAUUGUGAACUCGUUUAAGUAUUGUUCUCAGAACCCUUGAGAAGUUAGCUUAAUUUAGCUAGCUAGUCCGUGUUGUUAGUGAAGAUUAUGAACAUGUGUAAAUAUGAUUUAAGAAAAAUCCUGUCAGGUCUGCUCAUCUAAGCUAGCUAGCAUUAAUAAUCAAGAUAUUAAACAUUUUCCAGAAAUCCUACCAUGUUAGCAUUUAGCAUUAUUAAUGUUUCACAUUAAUAUUAUUGUUUGGGGGUUUUUUUUAGAUGAAGCGUCCCUUUAAAGAAAAAAACCACAUCUAUAACAUUUGGCAGCUGUAUACGUUUAAGGACGGAGUUCAUCCCUCACUAUCCACUUGUAUGAUAAUGCUAACACUCACUUCCUGUGUGCGAUAUCAAGGAAACUAGCCAAAUAUUGAGACAGAAAAAUGGCUUUUCAAACCAGCAGAUACACAGACUGACAGCACAACAGCCAAUCAGGGAGCUUCACUUCAUCCAUGUCAUCUCAUAUUUCCACCCUUUAAACGUUUAAGAAUCAGUUUUAAAACUCUGAAGUGGUGAUUAGCCACCUGUUGCUAAUCAGUCGUCCUCAUGUUCUCUACGCUGCCUAGUUAGUGUUAAUACGGCUAACCCUGCGUUCACACAGCAGCCACGUGUUCACCUCGCGUUGCCCAAAUCGCUAGAAGUUGGUCUCUCGUAGGCAUUAAUAACUCUGGUUGCCAUGGUAACCUUGCUCGCACCUAGAUAAUAUAGCAUUUGCCUUCAUGUUCUUAGAAAUGUAGUAGUUGGCUGCAUUGCACAAUCAGUGUGACUAAUAUUUACAAAAUUAUUAAAAGAUAUAUACAAAAAAUAUAUUUACGUGAACAAAAAGAUCACAAUUAACGAACAAUUUUGCUAGCAAAGCACAUUCACGCAGCUUCAUUUCAAAAAUAUUUAUUCAAACAUCAUUUUUUUUAAACGUUUUGUAUGUUCCGUGACAGAAAAAUAAUCCCCUGUGCCUCGUUUCUAUUGGCUGACGCUUUUCUUCUCAUUUUCAUCUUUACAUUCUGUCAGAACUAUCUUAAAUAAUAAUUCUCGACCUUAAGGCUGCACAUAAACGUCUGUUAAAGACGCAUUUACAAGAAGGAGCUUUGGAAACCAUUGAGAUACUCGAGUUUCCAAUUUUUGCUCAGUUUCGUCAAAUACAGUAAUUAGUUUUCUAAAUUCAUAACUCAACUGCGUCGCUAAACACUGUUAACGAAUGUACAUAGUUGGGAUUUGUUUAAGCUAGCUAACGUUAAUGGUGCACUCGCAUGACUUCGUAAUUACAAACUUUGCAACUUUUGAAGCAUUUGUCAUGUCCUUUAGCUCCACCCACUCCUCUUUGCCAAUCGUCUCUCCAAACGACCAAGUCUCGCUGCUGGUGUGAACGCAGGGUAACAAAGGAUAACGAAGAAAUGCUGUACGUGCCAAAACCUGCUGGCCAAAUGGUGAAGAAAACCAGUUGAUGGCUUUCUUUGUUGUAUGUUUUGUUUUUGUUUUUUUAAUCCAUCAACAGUCAGAGAAGUCACAGUGGAAUUUGAAAGGAGAUGCUGAUGGUUCUCAAAGAGUAUUGAUUAUUUGUAAGUCGAAGCAAACAGACUUGUGUUACGGACGGUAAAGUACAGUGCGUCACAUCGUAUUGCAUGAUAUGAUGUUACAUCAUCAUCAGAUAUUCAUCUCCACUCCACUCAUCUCCAGAACGUUGCCAAACGUGACGUUAACGAACGCAGCUCUCCUUCCAGUCUUGGCAGUUUUUCCAAACCCAAGACGUAUCCACCGUACUGUUUACACUCAGUAAAGCAGGUUCACCUUAAACCAACAUACCUCAACACACCACUUCACUCAUCUACUUUCCACAUCAUAACAGUUCUUCUUCACCACCUCGUGUCGUUGAGACACUCCACGUCAAAUUUCAUGGAUUUUGUCCGAAUGUCAAACUAGACGGAGUGUUUGAGUGCUUUUGAGCAUUAUUAUUAAAGCGAAAAGGAACGAUAAACAGUUCAAGUACCAUAUAAAGAACGGGCAUUUGCGACGUAUUACUGAACUGAUCAGUCAUUAUAGCCAUGGUGUGAUUUGGAAAGGUUACUUUGGCUCAAACGUCAAGAAUUUGAAUGGCCAAGUGUAAAGUCAAAGCAUGCAGUUCAUUUCUUUAGUGAAUCAGAUUAUACUUUCAGGACAAAACAAUUUCAAAAUGGAGUGCCUGAAAUCAAACUGUGCCAAGUUUGUUCUUGAUAAACAUGUCUAGGUUUGUCAAAGUACUGAUAAAAGUGCUGGUUGUCUGAUAUUCCGCAAUAUUUUUAACAGACUCUCAGAAUAUCCCAGCUCGUCUAGCUAGCGGCGGCCAGAUUAACCAUCACUGACAAUGCUAACCUAGCUAAAGUCCUAUUGGGAAGGUUAAUUAUUUUGGGCAAAUUUGACGGAGUGUCCUUUUUAAACAAGGCAAGUUCACAUAUUUUAGUGUGUGAAAAGCAAAACGUAAUUUAACAAACAAAUUUUAUGCUAAUCUCCUAAGAGUUCAUUGUGACAUGGAAGGUUAACAUAGGCACAUGCCUGCUGAGGAUUUGUGUAUUAUUAGUGCGAUAAACCUAGAUGUUUAUAAUAAACAUUAACAGGGAAUUGUUGUGAUUUCAGUAAAACAUUUCGGGUCCAGUGUGUUUUUUUGUUUUCUCGAAUCAUUCGUAUACAGAUAUUCCUUUAUAAUAACUGUAUAGGGACAGAGAGCCAGUUCUCGUCAGAUAAGCUAGAUAUUUCCAACUGCAUUUCUUAUAAGUACCAUUUAGUAGACAUGAACAUUUCUCGAGUCAUGCUGCGGGGUGUGUGUGUGUGUGUGUGUGUGUGUGUGUGCGGAGGGGAAGAUGUGUGCGAGAGCCGAGUGGCCGGUGCGAGUGUGUACAGGAUUGUGUCACGUAGCUGUGAGUAAUGGUGAGAAUCUGUGUUGUGCCACAAUCAGGGUUAGGUUGUGAGAUGGUAGCUGUUUUAGUGUUUUUUUUGGUUUGUUUUUUUAAGAAUAUAUGAAUCUCUUCUCUCCCAGGAGGCAGGUCUGGAGUUUAACAGGGAAAUCGGAACUACUCGGGAUGUUUUUUUUUUUUUUUUAAUUUGCCGUUACUGCCUUGUGUUGUGUAGGCCUAUUAGUACGUAGUGAUGGAGCUUCGUGAUUCACUGCAGUCAUUUGAUUCUUUCAAACGACUCAUUGAACUGAAUCAAGUUCAAGCUUUAGGAUUCUUAUUUUGCAGAUUGUGCAAUUUAUAAUGACAAUCAGUAUUCUUGUGUAAAAAUGUCUUGUCUAAAGAAUAGACUUGCAUUACUAGAAAGAACGUUAUCGCUAAGUUAUCUUCAAAGAACAAAUCGGAACAUAGAACUCUUACCAGCUGGCAACUGCAUCUGAGAUAACUGAUAAAAAUAGAAAGAAAAAAGAUUAUCGCGGGAACAAUGCAUUUAGUUAUGCUGACUGACGUUGAUUACUCAUCUAGCUAGUUACAAUCACCACAAGAAUUUUUGCUAGCUAGCUAACUCGGCUAUCUGGAACCUUUUCCUGAGGAACACACAUCCAUGAGCUCAUUAGGCUGAACUCAAGUUAAUACCCACUCACCGGCCACUUUAGUAGGAACUUCUUGUUGAUUGUAAGAUCCCUGCUCUUGGCUGCAGGAGUGGAACCCAAUGUGUUUUUCUGUUCUGCUGUUGCAUGCUGAGAUGCUUUUCUGCUCACCACGGUUGUAAAGAGUGAUUAUAUGAGUUACUCUAUCCUUCCUGGCAGCUUGAACUGCUCACUCUGUCCGUUUUCUGAUCUCUGACCCUCUCUUAUCAACAAGGCGUUUGUUUCCACCCACAGAACUGUCGCUCACUCACUCGAUGUUUGUUUUUUUGUUUUUCGCCCCAUCCUGUGUAAACUCUAGAGACUGCUGUGUGUGAAAACCCCAGGAGGAGAUCAGCAGCUUCUGAAAUACUCAAACCUCAUAUUCAUCUGGCUCAAACCAACACCCGUACCACAGCGAAAGAAAGUCACACUGUGAGAUCACAGUGUUUCCCGUUCUGAUGUUUGAACAUUGUGAACAUUAACUGAAGCUCUUGAUUUGUAUCUGCGGGAUUUUAUGCAUCGAGGGAUCGGCUGAUUAGAGAACUGCAGAAAACAGCGGGUGGAUGUAGGGGUGUUCCUAAUAAAGUGGCCGGUGAAUGUAGUUGAGCAUGUUACACAGUUUUCAAUUCUAUAAUUGUUACUAAACGGCUAAGAAAUGGAUAAUACAAGCGGUAAAUUGUUAGCUAGCCAAGCUCCAUUGAUGUGGACACUAAGACAGGAGCUUGCUGCUAGCUGGCUAAUUCUCCUAAGCAAGAUCAAAGUUAGCUAGCAAGCUAAAUUUACCGCAGGAAAUUACAGCUAGCUGUGUAAUUUAGCUAAUCUUGAGCUUCCUAACGGCGGAAACCAGAACAAAGUUCCACAUUAUGCUCUGACCGGACCAAAUAAGUACAAGCAGUGCUAAAGAGCUCCUGUUCUAAACACAGAUCCUGAUUUUGCUCAGUAAGAGGGUCAACAUGGGCGAUAUGCGAUUAAGCGAUAUGUGAUUAGCCAUUAGAAAUCUUGAUUACAUGACAAAACCACAAUAGUUUGCUGAAUGUUCUAGCAAACCUGGCUGGCUAGUUAACGUCAGGCAAGGUAACAUUGUCCAUUCUGUUUCACAUGAUUUGAAUUGAUUCACCUGAUUCACUUAAAUGAGUCAUUUGAAGAGAAUGAAUCCUUUUUGCGAAUGGCCCAUUAUUCUUGUUAGCUGGAAGGAAGAGUUUAGCAUUCGUAGAUGCAGUACCGUACAUCGUGAUUGGUUAAGACUGAUUAGGCUGUCGUAUUCGAUGUUGCUGUAUUUCCGUAAAGUGUUUCCAUCCUGAUUUAUUAACCGUUCGUGACAUUUCAUAGUGAGGGCCUGAUGACGACAGAACAAGGUUGAUUUUAUUUGCUAAUAUGUCAUUCCCCCGUGUCUUAUUUGGAGCAUGAAUUUCUAUUUCAGUGCAUUAACAUUACACAUAUACACUCGAUGUAUUAUAAUAUGAGUAAUGUAUGUUUUCCAUAUGCGAUAUGACAAACGAUUUGUUGUGUGACUGGGCAUGUGCCGUUAAUUUAUUAAACUGUGAUCGAUCCGGACGGAGGCUUCCUGUGAAGGCAAUGGUGUAUGUACUCUCACGCUAGCAACCUUGGCUACACAAUGUAAAAAGCGAGCAACUUGACAUUUAGUUUUAAUUACACAAUAAAGUAGUGUAGCUAGCGUUAGCUAGCUUAUUAGUGAACCUGACAUAAAUGUGUACAAUUUGGAAAGGUAAGCCUGAGUUUGCUGUGUUAGAAAAAUGCAUUUAAAAUCAUAGUGGACAAAUUUGUGACAAAUGUUAGCUAGUUUUGAUGAUAAUGAAACAUUACGAUUAUCGGCACAUGCCUAGCGGUGACAUAGCUAAUAUGCUGCAUUAAAGGGACAUUGCCUUCUUUUUAAACAAUGACCAAACGAUAAAAAAGGGAACCAGAAGCGGGAUUUUUACCCGUCGUCCCUCAACAUGAUAAAAAGGGGGUUUUUUGGGUUUUUUUACAUUUAAACCGCAGGAGACGACGGGAUUCGUGGUUCUCGUUUCUCAUUUCUCAUUGCAAGAGUCAAAUCCAAACGAAGUGCCUCCUUUUUAGCCGUGCAGUCCGGGUAGUGCCCAUGUCAAGGUUUGCACUUUGUGUGUCACUUCUGUCCACUGUCUGUGUGCGCGACCCACACACACACGCACACACACAAAUACGCACAUGUGAUUUGAAGAAAGAGGUGUCAUACUACGCUGAUUGCAUGUGAAGCCGAACCUGUCAAAGUCCUUCUGAAUAAAACCUGUGCUGGCCUGAA